AUGGCGAGCCAAUUUAUUGGUCUCCAGAUGCGGGUGAUCCUGCGCGAACCCCCAGGAUAUCAACUGAUCGGCACCGUCCGAGACGUAGAAGCUGGCAGCAGCCUCAGUCUCACUAACGUCCUUAUAGUUGCGACGCAAGAGCAUCUCCCGCAGACGCGCAUCAAUGCGCUCAACAUUGCCGACCUCUCGGAGCUACCCAAAGAUCAGCAGAAACAGCAACCUUCCCCGCCUGUAUCCGACGCCCCUACACCAGCUCAGCCGCCGGGAUACGCCACGCAGACGACUUCGCCGACAAAGACAGACUUUGUUGACCCGGCUAUACUCAGCAUGGGGCGACGGCCAGACUCCGGGCUUCCUCCCGCGGGUGCGCCUGUCAAGGCACCGGCGCAUUCUCUUGACCCGAGUAUGCCGUCCCCAGUUAUUGCAUCAAAUGAUCAGCCAAAGGGAGACCUUGGUCGCCUCUUCAAGAGCAUCAAGGUUUCCAAAGUCUCAGAUGCCGAGAAUGCACCGACAACCCCCGAGGUGACACCAUUCAAGCGCAAGAAUCGAAACCGCAAUUCUCGACAAGCAAAACAACCCGACCAGGAUGAUGAUGGCGUCACAGUCAUUCCCGGUAGUCACGGCAAAGGCUGGCGACAGACGCCGAUACUGCAGAGCACCUCAUCCUUUCAGCCUUUCAAAGCUCUCAAGAAGAACGGCAAGCCCCCCAAAGACUUGCCCGACAACGGCUGGGCUUCCGAAGACGUUACCGAAGAGAUGCCCGAGUUUGACUUUCAGAACAACCUCGCCAAAUUUGACAAGCGCACAAUAUUCGAUCAGAUGCGCAAAGAUGACACUGUUGACGAAGCUGAUCGACUUGUAUCUCACAACCGAAAAGCAAAGCCCGGUACAGCAGGGGGCAAGAAUCUGCACUACACAGAAAAUGUCCUCGACUUGCCGUCAAGCACACACAAUGCCGAUUACUGGAACAGCGAGGCUGAAGUCGGAGGUGUCCACGACAAUGAGGGAAUGAGCGGCCAUGAACAAAAGAGCGGGCAAUCGACGAGAAGAGCAGACGCCAAGACAGGGCCGAGUCGCCGCUCGCAGUCGCGUAAAGCGAGCGCUGCCAUGGGCGGAUACCCACUCACGCGAGUCAACUCGAGCGUACGACAAUCACUUCCUUCGCGUCGAUCCAGCCCCCGAUCUGGUUACCGUAGCGCAGAGGUGCAACCGCCAAAGGUACAACAGCCGGGUCUCUACCUGGUUCCGUCCAAUCGCCGGGUGGAGGCCAUCUCAACACUGCAGAUGCUCAACCUUGAAAACAUUGCGGCCAACGAAGUUGGACUCCCCGAGAGUUUGAUGGCUGAGAAUGCGGGCCGCGGCAUCGCCGAGGUUGCGGUCAAGGCGCUGUCGGAUCCGGCCCUCAAGGUCCGCUUCGAAAUGGCCGGAGCAUCAUUGUCACAGGCUGGCGACGGGCCACUGCCAAGUAAUCCGACAAUUGUAAUUUUGGCGGGUAACAACAAGUCAAGCAUCCGUGCGCUGGUAGCUGGUCGUCACUUGCGCAACAAGGGCUACGACGUUAUGGUUUGCCUGGCAGGCAUUGAGCGAGAGCGCGACCUGCUCGAGGACCUUCGACGGCAGGUUCAGUUGUAUCGCAGCUUUGGCGGCAAGGUACUCAAAAAGACUGAUUUUUUUGAGCAGCUGCGCAAGUCGACGCCGGGUGGUGGGGCGGCGGCAGUAGCAAGCGGCACAGGAGCGGGACGGGUGUCGGUAUCUCUGAUCAUCGAUGCUCUUCUUGGGCUGACCAUGUCUUUUGAGGAAUUGCGAAUCGGCGAUCAAGCGACAGUGUAUGAGCUGAUGGAGUGGGCUAACCGCAAUGAGGCUUUUGUGCUAUCCGUCGAUGUGCCGUCAGGCAUCGAUCCUAGCACGGGCAAAGUCGCCAUCAUUGAUGGGUCGCAGCUCUUUGUCAAGCCGCGAUACGUGGUCGCAGUUGGGGCACCGAAGCGAGGGCUCGUAGAGGCGGUGACGCCGCCGGACGAAGACGAUCCGUUGGCAGCGAGCGGGGGAGUAGCUCAGGACGAGGAGUGGCGACUCUUCAUCGUGGACAUGGGCCUGGGACACACUGUCUGGCGCAAAGCCGGGACCAAGGUGCGCAAGGGCAUCGACUUUGACGGCAAAUGGGUACUGGAGAUGAAGUAUCGGGGCGUGAAAGAGGAGUCUGAUGACUACUGA